AUGAAGCUGCUUUCAGGUGCCUCUGCAGGCGCAAUUGCUGCCUGUGCCCUCCUCCUGGGGUCUUUUGUUCAUGAUGUCGUUGCUAGCCCGGAGCCCAAGGCUUCCUGGGUCAGGAAGGGGAAGGGCCGGAAGGCGAUGAUGAAUGUCAUCCGUGGCAAAGCCGAGCAGAAACGCUCGGCUAACAAGCCCCGUAACUCAUGUCCUGAUAUCGAGGCGACCGCUAUUACAGCUCCGAAGUCCAAUGUAUGGGGCGAACUCAAUGACAAGGACGCUGCUGCUGUGGUGGCAUGGUUGUUCGCCCAAUCUGACUUCAACCUUACUGUUUCCGAGAACGCUACGGAGUGGGACAACACGGUACUUCUUGUCGAGGCUAUGAGACCGAACAAGACGGACGCUCUAGCCUACAUUGAUGGCAAUGCUACGGCGCCUCCCGUCUACGCGCAUGUCGUCCUGGAUCACCGCGCAAGUGACGAGCCCUACUACCAGGAUAUUCUGGUUGGCCCGAUCCCAAUUGACAAUGCUACGACUACCUGGCAGCCUCUUGAUUACAUCUUGACCAAGAAGAACAGCGGCAAAGUGCGGAAUCUUGACGCUGAUGGCGACAAGCUGUACAGCGAUUGGCUCUACCCCAUCAGCCAGACAGUUGCUGAUAUCACCCUUGACCUCUGGAACGGCACGGCCCUUGGUCUGGACAAUGACACUCUCGACAUCUGGGGAGUUGAUCCUCUGUGGCAGGAUAACGGACGUGUCAUCCGAUGGGACACAUUCUGGAAUUACCCCACUGACGAUUUCGACGCCGAGACGCUGCUGCCCCUCGGUCUCUUCUUCAAGUCUGAUGUGACUGGUCGCGACCCCAGUAAGUGGAAGCUGGAGGGUUGGUUGUACAAUAACAUCUUCUACGCCACCACUGAGGAGUUCCGUGCUGCCUACUGGAGCGAAGGAUUUGAGAAGCUGGGCGCCAAUGUGGAGGGCGACUGGGCGACGACUGACCAACAAGGUCCUGUUCUACCCAUGGAUGCUUACUACCCUCCCACCGCCGUCGCGCCCUCAGGAUCGCGCUUCUCAGUCGAUUCCGAGGCCAAAUACGUAGAGUGGAUGGACUUCAGCUUCUACAUUGGGUUCCAGCGUGAUACGGGCAUUUCCCUACACGACAUCAGGUACAAGGGGGAGAGACUGCUCUACGAGCUCGGUCUACAAGAGGCUCUAGCGCAUUAUGCUGGCAACGACCCUGUACAGUCAGGAGUGUCUUACCUCGAUACAUACUACGGUUUCGGCCCGUAUGCUUUCGAGCUGGUCCCGGGAUACGAUUGCCCCUCGUAUGCUACCUACUUGAACACGUCGUUCUACGUCUCUGAGACGACGCAUACCCACAUUGACAGCAUUUGCCUGUUUGAGUUUGAUGCGGAUUUCCCAAUGCAAAGACACAGUACCAGCAAAUAUGUCUCCGUCACUAAGAACACUUACUUCACCAUUCGCUCUGUGUCAACUGUUGGAAACUACGACUACAUGUUCAGCUACACAUUCUUCAUGGACGGCUCCAUUGCAGUGGAAGUGCGCGCCUCGGGCUACAUCCAGUCUGCGUACUACGCACACAAUGGUGACUAUGGUUAUCACAUCAAUGAUUACCUCAGUGGUAGCAUGCACGAUCACGUCCUCAACUACAAGGCUGACUUCGACAUUCUUGGCACUGCGAACACAAUUCAGCUCAUGACCCAGGUGCCGGUGACGAAGUACUACCCGUGGUCCGCUGGCAAGCCCCGCAACACCAUGCAAGUUCAGCGAUCUUUCAUCAACGAUGAGUACAACAGUCGCUUCAACUGGGGUGAGAACAGCGCAACUCAAGUUCUAGUUGUGAACCAGGAUGAGAAGAACAAAUAUGGCGAGCUCCGUGGAUACCGGAUCCUACCUUACACCGGUCUCGCCCACUUGACUGUCAAGGACUCGUCCAAUCUCGAGAACGCUGCCCGAUGGGCUGAGUUCGACAUUCAAAUCACCAAGCAGAAGGACACUGAGCUGAAGUCUGCACAUCCAUACAACAGCCAGGAUGUCUUCGACCCACCCGUCAACUUCGAAAAGUUCUUCGAUGGCGAGAGCCUGAACCAAGAGGAUCUGGUCGUUUGGCUGAACCUCGGCAUGCACCACGUCCCGCACACGGGUGACCUGCCCAAUACUGUCUUCACCACGGCUCACAGUGGCAUCCAGUUCAUGCCGAGCAACUACUUCCUCAUGGACCAGAGCAGACAGACGGUGAACAUGGUCAGGAUUGACUAUUCGGAUGGCAACACGAGCAAUGUGGAGACUUUCGGCCAGAAGGACGAGACCUGCACCGUGGACUUCACUCCCCCGGAGAAUGACCUUUACGGCUACACCGGUGACGUGGUGAUUCGAAAGUUCCCAUAUGAUCCGAAUGAUCCGUACUAUGAGACAGAUUCGAUCGUCUAA